AUGCCAGGAGAAGGAAAAAAUAUUAAAGAGAAGAUUGUACGUGAUAGCACAAGCCAGGCUGGAUCAGAUUCUAGUCUGGGGGCUGACGUGAUUUCAUACAAUCUUAUAAAUCAGAACAACCAAAAUGAAGAACAAGAUAGCACAAACGAGGACCUAACAAGCAUAGAGGAAGCUGAAUUAGAAAGAGUUCGCACUAUAAUUGCAUUGAGUGAGGAUAUUCCGGAUAAGUUUACUGGAUGGGGUCUUCUCUCAGUCAUCGGAUGCUUUUUCUUCAAUUUUAAUACGUGGGGUUCCAAUUCAGCUUUUGCAUUGUACUUGCAGGCAUAUAUCAACAAUGAUUUAUUUCCAACAGCAAGUAAGACGGGAAUCGCCGCUAUUGGAGGAUUUGCCUUUGGAUCUGGGGUUAUUUUUGGCCCAUUGAUCAACUAUUUUGUUGGAAUCUUGGGAAUUAAAACUGUGGCCAUCAUGGGAAUUGUUGUUCAACUUGCAGGUGUCUUAUUGGCAUCUUUUUCCACCAAACUUUGGCAACUUUAUUGCACUCAAGGCAUUAUGCAAGGUAUAGGGAUGGGUCUUGUUGCCAUUCCAAGCGUUAUCAUUGUUCCACAGUGGUUUAAAGGAGGACCUGGAGGGAAGAGAAACUAUGCUGUUGGGAUUAUGUGUGCAGGUUCGGGCUUGGGUGGCAUAAUUUAUAAUAUUGGAAUGGAACCCAUACUUCGUCAGCAUAGUUGGCGUUGGGCUCUCAGAACUCAGGCAAUCAUGUGUGCAGUGUUAAAUUUGAUGGCUGUGUUUUUAAUUCGGAGCAGAAAUAAGGAAGUGAAGCCGAUAUACAAAAUUUAUGACAAGACUGUCUACAGCAUUUUUGGCAGCCAGAUAAUGAUGCUAUGGGAGAUGUUCACAAUCUUGGGAUAUGUUACUUUGAUGUACAAUUUAGGGGAUUUCAUGAGAUCUCUUGGAUAUGGUAACACAGAGGCUUCUGUUGUAUCCACUAUGGUUGCUGUGGGAAUUAUAUAUGGCCGACCAACAAUCGGCAAGAUAGCUGACUACAUAGGCCCGAUACAAGCCACGAUUAUAGCAAGUUGGCUAGUCAGUUUAUUCGAUUUUGCAAUGUGGAUUCCAUGUCGAAAUUACGCUACAGCAAUUGUAUUUGCGAUGUUUGAAGGUUCACUAAUGGGCACUAUUUGGUUGACUAUGCCAACAAUCAACGGAGCAAUUAUUGGCCUUCAAAAGUUUGGUAUCGGUAUGUCUUUAUCUUGGAUUGCUGUUGGUGCUACGGGAAUAGUCUCUCCAGUUAUUGGUAUAGCUCUUAAGGCGGAUGGUCCAGCUAGUCCAACUCAAUAUAGGCAUCCGGCCAUAUUUGUUGGCUUCUCAUAUUUUGCUGCCGGGUUAUGCUUGUGCAUUUUAAGAGGUUGGAUCAUUGCCAGAAACAGGCUUGCCAAGAAUUGCAAGACUGAAAGUGAGAGACUUCAACUUAAGGUCCCUAUUCGUACAGCUUCAUGGAAAUGCUUCAUUUCACAGGUGAAAAGGUAUAAGAAUGAAAUUUUACUCAGAUGCCUUGUUGUUCACAGCUAUAUAUAA